AUGACCUCAUCUCCAGAUAACCUCUACAUGACAGCUGCAAAGACCCUUGCUCCAAUUCUGAGAUUUGGAGAUUCUGCUCUCACACCCCCUGACGAAUUUGGUUCUGUUCCUUUAUUCCACCCCCGCCGCCCUAGACCGAGAUCCCUGAAGCUGGCCCGGCUCUGUUCACUGCUCCCCCGACCUCCUGCUGUUUCCCACACGCAGCCACGGUACAGGGCAGCUCAUCCAACCACCUCCCCAACCGAAGCCUCCAGGGAUGUACACCCUGCCUCAGGGGCUCCGCCUGGGUCCUGGCUGGUGGAGGGCACAGCCGUCAGGGAAGGCCCUCAGCUGCAGGAUGGGGCCACGCCACGGAGACCAACCAGGCCCUCUAAGGCACUGUGGCCGGCCCAGAUGUCAGCAGCUCCAGAAAUGAGGCUGAGACAGACGGUGCCUGGUGAUGCAAGGGGACUGUGGGGGCCAUAGGGGACCCUGCUCACCUGGACCUACUGUGGAGGCCAGGGAGGGAGAUGGACUCGAAGGGUGGAAGGGCCCAGAGAAGGCACGUUUGCAGAGCAGUGGCCGCAUUUCCAGAGCUCGGGAGCCCAACAGGAAUCCCCUCUGGCCAUGGGACCACCGCCCUUGGGGCUGGGGGAUGCUGUAGGGGAAGGCAGAGGGCAGACAGGCCAGGAAAAGCGAGGUGCUGCCUGCAAGUGCCCAAGAAAGGGACCAAGCCCGGGCCCCUGGACCAGAGCGGCCGCCUGGUGGGGCAGGCAGGAAGAGGCCAAGGCCAGCGCCAAGGGCGAGCAGGUAAGGGACCCUGGUGGGCAUCUGUGGGAACUAGGCCACGCUUCUCCCUGCGCACGCUUUAAUCAAGGACAUUCCUGUGGUUCUCGACAAGUGUCGCACAUUACAUGGGUGUCGUGAGCCGGUCUCCGUGAGAGUGUGCAGGCGGCUCAGGCACCCAGGGGUGGCUGGGGGCAGCGAGGGAGUGGCGAGGCCUCAAACCCGGGCGGCGGCGCCGGGAUGUGCAGUGUGAGUUUCCCGGGCUGCAAGAAAAAGGUCCACAGACUGGGCAGCUUCACACAACAGAAACCGCCGCGCAGUUCCCGAGGCCAGAGCCCAUCGGGGUGGCUCCCUGAGGCCGUGAGCCAGGACUGUCCUGGGCCGCCCCCUCUUCCACAGGCUGAGGCCAUCCUUGGCGUCUGUUGGCCUGUGGCCACUUCACCCAACCUCUGCCCCUCAUGUCCACACGGGUCCUCCCUGUGUGCACGUUGGUGUCUGGAUCUGCCCUUUCUACUGUGGGGCAACUGUCGUCGAGGAUAGGGCCCACCACACCAACACGGCCUCAUCGUAACUAAGUAUAGUCGGCAGUGACCGUAUUUCCAAUAAGGUCCCAUUCUGAGGUCCUGGACUUCAACAUGUGAAUUUUGGGGGCCACAACUCUACCCUGGCAUGCAGAGAGAGAAGGUGGGCGUGGAGCCCUCAGUGGGAAGUCCCUUGGGAAGUCGCAGGCCCCCUUGGUGGGGCAACUGGGACGUGGGUGUGAGGGUCCUGGGUACAGGGAGCCUGCCUACCGAGGUUCUGCCAACAGCUAGUUCUAAAUUCCUCAUGGAAAAUACCCUGUGGCCCUCCUCAUCCUGGAGUGAGCGAUGGGCUGGAGGGUGUCUGAGCCAGGCUGGUGCCGGGGAGCAGAUGCGGGUGGCCCAACCCAGCCCCUUGUUCUUGUUCUCCACCUCCCAGGAAAGGGGGAGGGUGGGCGGAGCUGGCCCUCCUGGGCUCUCUCCUUGGGUCCCGGAACCACCUGGGGAGGGGAGGCUCAACCCCCGCCCUUGGCCAGCCGGCUGCAGGUCUCUCAGGGCUGGCACAGAACAGCUGGGCUUUGCCAGGUGUCCCCCAGCCUGAUGCACGGCCCGGUGGGGUGGUCUCCAGGCCUCCCAGGAUUCUCAGCUGCGCCGUCUCCCCAGUCCCCAAACCCGAGUGGUGGGCGCCAGGGGACUGGACCGUCAGUCUGUGGAGCUGGGGCUGCAGCCGGUGGUGUUUCCAACAACGGUCUUUUGGCUGCCUGGCUCCAGGUAGAGGCCUCUGGAGGCAAGGGGUAACCUACCGGGAAAGCCUCAAAGGCUCCCCCAUCCCCACCCCGCACAGACUCCACCGGCCCCCCAUGGUUCCUCCAGGCCCUCUUCAGUCAUGACAGGCAAUGCCUGGGUGCCCGGCCCGCUCAGCACACCCUGGGCCUCAGCCCCACCCAAGCCUUGGCCCAGCAUGGGAGCUACCACGGGAACACACACACGGGCUGGAGGGUGUCUGAGCCAGGCUGGUGCCAGGGAGCAGAUGCGGCAGAUCGAGGAGAAAAGCCCUGGAGCAGCGGCUUCUGGAGCUCUGCCCACGGAUGGGCUCCGAAGCACAUCCCUGCCCGGCCCAGAGCACCAGGCCAGGGGCAGGGUGUGGGAACAGCUCAAAGCCCCUUGUGAAGUCUGUCCCUCCUCCUGGAGCCUCAGCUGCCCCUCCAACACAGCCCUCUGUGGGAGCCCAGAUGGCCCCAGUGUGGCCAUCAGACAUGGGCGGGCGCUGGUGGAUUCCCCUGUGUCAGGUGACGUGGUGGCGCCCCAGCUGCAGGCUGUGCCCCAGCUGCGGCGUUAAGAAGGGCUGUGGAUCUAAAUAAAAUCCAGUCUCUC